AUGCGAAUCGCCAUUGUUACAGGCGCUAAUAAGGGCAUUGGUAAUGGGAUUGUGGAGCUACUGGCUCGAGGCUUAAAGCCAGUUUUCAACUGGCACAUCUAUUUGACUGCUCGGAACGAGAAGCUGGGUUUGGAGGCCGUGAAUGCAUUUGAAGGCAAGGGCCUGGGCGUGAAGUUCCACCAACUUGACAUCACAGAUGCUGAUAGUCGCCACAAACUGGCCAAAUUCGUCAGAGCCAACUAUGUGGAUGGCAUCGAUAUUCUGGUAAACAAUGCUGGAAUCGCAUAUAAGCUUGACUCCACAACGCCAUUUGGUGAGCAAGCCAGAGUUACUGUUGCGACGAAUUACACGGCCACAGUGAAAAUGUGCACGGAGUUCUUGCCAUUGAUGGCGAAGGACUCAAGACUUGUUAAUGUCGCUAGUACAGUUGAUUUCAUGUCUCUGGGCACAAUGUCGAAGGAAAUGGUGGCCAAGUUCAAGGGUCAUUUGACUCUGCAGGAGCUGGAUGAACUCAUGGCAUCUUUCGUUAAGCACGUUGUAAUGCAUGCGGAAGCAGGAGACCACAAAAAGGUGGGCUUUUCUAAUUCUCCAUACGGGAUGUCAAAAGUGGGCCUGUGGAAAGCCACUGCCAUUCUGGCCGAACAAUUCAAAUCUGAUCCUCGUCACAUUCUCAUCAACUCGUGUUCUCCCGGAUACGUUAACACAGACAUGACAAAUCACAAGGGCCCUAAGACCAUCUUAGAAGGCGCCGACACGCCGGUCUAUCUGGCGACUUUACCAAAGGGUGCAACUGAGCCCCACGGUCAGUUCGUCAGGGAACGCCAAGUUGUCGACAUGGAUAAGGUGUACCCACUCUGA